AUUGUGUACGCAUGCGCGCAUGGCGUGCAGUUUCCUGCGGUCCAUAUAUUUAGAAGGCUGCAAAGACGAAGAGGUUGAUCAGUACGCGGACUUCCAGCGGAUUCAUCUAAGCUGUUUUUUUUUGGUUUUCCUCUCGCGUUUGAAAAUUGUUUCGCCGAUAAAGUUCUACUGUUUUGCCAUGUCUCGGUGUUGUUUCAACUUCCCUGUACUCUAAAGACUAGUAGCGCUGAUGGCGAUGGCUCUCAUCCAGUUCUGCUGCUGUUGGAGUACGCUCCGCAGCGGCUGCUACGCUAGCGCCCUCUACACCAUGGUCUAUUUCACUGUAACGAUUACUAUGGUGACGAUAUUUGGCGUAGCCGAAGGCGAUUCAGAAGCGGCAGAAUAUGGUGAACAGCAAACAAGCACUUCUGCUAGCAAUCCGGCGGAAGAUCUUGAAACUCUGAAAAUUCUGAACAUUUGUGUCGUCACUUUGUCAGCCAUGGGAUUGGUUUCUACUUUUUUUCUUUUCUACGGUCUUGCCAAGAAUCGAUGCACGUUCCUGCUUCCAUGGAUUGUGAUUGUCUCGUGUACGACAGCUGUUGACCUGAUAUAUGCUAUUUACCUGCUCAUUCACAUGGAAUCUUUAAAUCCUAUAUCGGCGAUAAUCUUCACCAGUGAUUUUGUAUUAGUCAUCGUCAAUGUUUAUUGUAUCCUUUGCGUCAUUUCUCAGUACCAGGAACUGAAACGGAAUACAUCCGCACAGGCCCAAGCUGAGGCUUUAGCUGUAAGCGGUGACUUGUUAGAAACGAACAAUUCGAGCCAACCUCCGCUGGAAGAGAUUAAGUUGGGCGAAAUCAUCGACAACUCAGAUCCUCGAAGAUGUCGCCCUGAAUUAGAUGCCAUUUGCGGAGAGGCCCUGUGGACUGGCUGUCGUCAUCCGGACAACCAACUGCACAGGCCGGCGGAAGCAGACGUCUGGCUCGACACAGAUGAUGCCAAUGGACAACAGGCCGAUAAUUCACAGCGACGCGUGACUUUUCAAAGUGGUCGAUCAACAGUCAGUUCCUAGUCAAAAGUGGGUCGUAAACUUUCUUUUUACGAUGUCGGUGCACCGAACCUCUUUGCUAACUGGCUUGUGUGUGUGUUUGUGCGAAACACAAAAAAAAAAAAAAAAGUUUCUUUUGCAGCCAAAACUACGUCGUGCAUUUUAUGGAAGGAUCUUUCAACUUUGUGAAAUUCUUAACAACAGCCGCGCUAAAUAGCCGCGUACAUUUCCUUUCAAUACGGUGCAACGGACUUGAUGUAAAUAACGCGAUGAUAGUCGAGCAAAUUGAAAGUUGUUCAGUUGGAAGAAAACAACAAACUUUCAAGUCCCUGCCUUAGCUCUCGCAAAACUUGGAUAGUGGAGAACCAGGUUUUCUCACGACCAAUUUCCAUACCCACCAGGAUUUUCACGUUUCAAAACUGGUUAAAUGAGCUAGCACUUAAAAAACGAGCAAAACAUAAAAGCAAAAAAAAAAAUAAACAAAUAUUUGGAAAGUGUUUGCACAGAAUAAAAGAUCACCGAACAAAUCCAUAGGCAAAACAAAGAAACUUACAACUUUAAUGGAUAUCGAGACGAGAAGUUCCAGGAACCAACAAAAACAAUAGUUGCACACACACACACACACGCUAAAAUAUAUUCCCUGAAAAACUGUUCACUGUGAUUUGGAAUAUGUUUGUUUCUUUUUUAAAUGACGUUAUUUCCACGUAUUUCUUUAUUCAAGUGUGUACAAGUGAAAAGAAUAAUCAAAACUUGUUCUGCGCACGUCCCACAUGUCAAAUUGUUGGACUCGUCACGUCCUUUCUUUUUUUCGAAAUGAAAUUUAAUCUAAUUACUAGGCAGCACUUAAUUUAGUUUGCAAUAACAAGAGAAAAAAAAAACAAACAAGAUCCAUUCUACUUUGUGUCAAAACAAAAUAUACGCAGUCAAUAAUUA